AGUUGCACACAUUGGUGAUGUCAUCACGCGAUGUUUCCAAUGCUAUGGCGUACCAGGAAGGGGAGACGCUAGAAUCCUGGCUCAAUAAAGCCACCCAUCCAACAAACAGACAGGAGGAUUGGGAGUACAUCAUCGGUUUCUGUGACCAGAUCAAUAAGGAAUUGGAAGGUCCCCAGAUAUCUGUCAGGUUGCUGGUUCACAAAAUCCAAUCGCCACAAGAAUGGGAGGCGCUUCAGGCUUUAACAGUAUUGGAAGCAUGUAUGAAGAACUGCGGGAGAAGGUUUCAUAAUGAAAUCGGGAAAUAUCGGUUUCUGAACGAGCUGAUCAAAGUUGUUUCUCCUAAGUACAUGGGAGACAGAGUACCAGAGAAGGUAAAGACAAAGAUUAUUGAGAUGCUGUACAGCUGGACAGUGGCUUUCCCCAACGAGGCCAAAAUCAACGAAGCAUACCAGACACUAAGGAGACAGGGCCUUGUAACUAUGGACCCUGAGCUCCCAGUGGACAAGACUCUGAUUCCUUCACCCCCCACACGUCCCAAGAACCCUGUGUUUGACAAUGAGGACAUGGGCAAGCUACUAGCAGAGCUUCUGAGGAGCAAAAACCCAGAGGACCUGCAGGAAGCCAACAGGCUCAUCAAGAACAUGGUGAAGGAGGACGAUGUCAGGGUUCAGAAAGUGACCAAACGCAUCCACACCCUGGAAGAGGUGGGCAUCAACGUCAAGCUGCUGAGUGAGAUGCUGUCCCACUACGACAAGGACAGGUCCUCCCAGUCAGACAGAGAGAUCAUCAAGGAACUAUACGACCGCUGCGACAAGUUGAGACGCGCUGCUUUCAAAAUGGCCACAGAGACUGAAGAUAACGACACAAGUUUAGGUGACAUCCUGCAGGCCAGCGAUGACCUCUCACGGGUCAUCAACUCCUACAAGAAGAUUGUGAAGGGACAGACCGUGAAUGGAGACAUCGAGGAUCCUAGAUCUGCAGCUGGUGAAGAGACCACAGGGAACAGUGACAACACAGAGACCUUGAUUGACCUGGCUGGCAUUGACGUUCCAAACUCCACCUCUGCUCCGCCUGCCCCUCUCCCAUUGGUCUCCGAUCCCACUUCAGCCAAUCACCUGGGGUUCCCAAUCCCUGUCUUGCCUCCUCCUCCAAAAAGGUUGGCCGGGUUGCAUGCCAGUCAGAACAGCAGCCCCAGCCACCCAGCCACCGACAAGGCCCUCAACGCUCUCUCUCUCCUUGACGAUGAGUUGCUAUCCUUAGGCCUGAACGAUCCAGUUCCCUCUCUGAACAGCCAAUCAAAACCAACGCUGAAUGAAAUAGCGAAUCCGUGGACCUCCUUACAGGCUCCUGACCCUGGCCUGGACUUGUUUGGCACUAUAGCAGGGCCAGGCCCAGUAUUUCCCCCAGUCCAGCCAGCCCCCGCCACGGCCCCUGCCACCCACAGCCUCCAGGACCUCCAAGACCUGGCCAUGCUGGACUUUGGAGAGCCAAAGAGUUUGCGUGUUGGCGGCGGAUUCGGGAUGGCAGCCUCUAUGGGAGCCGUAGUACCACCCUCCUUGGGGGCCAUGGUACCCCAGGUCCCCCUCUCCUCGACCUCCCUCCUCCCUGGCCCCAUGCCUGGCUCCCCUGCGUUGUCCCACACCAAAGCCCAGACGCUAAGCUCUGCCCCAGGCAGCCCCCUGUUCAGCUCCCUCUCCCCCUUCCACCACUCCUCCUUCCAGGGGGGCAGCCCAGCCAGGGGGCUAGGACCGGAGGCCUCCCUGGGCAACGUGCACGUCCCCCUGGAGGCCAUCAGACCCAGUAAAGGGCUCCCUGUAACGGCCUAUGAUAAGGAUGGGGUGCGUGUGCUGUUGAACUUUGCCUCAGACUGUCCCCCUUGCAGACCAGACGUGCUGGUGUUAGUGGUGUCCAUGCUGAACACUGCACCACUGCACGUUCAGAACGUGGUCCUUCAGGCCGCCGUGCCCAAGUCCAUGAAGGUGAAGCUGCAGCCUCCGUCAGGAACAGAGCUGCCCCCCUUUAACCCCACCCUUCCCCCGGCCUCCAUCACACAGGUCAUGCUGCUGGCCAAUCCCCUGAAGGAGAAGGUGCGUCUGCGCUACAAGCUGGCGUUCACUCUCGGAAACAGGCAGUGCUCAGAGGUGGGCGAGGUGGACCAGUUCCCCCCGCCAGACAGAUGGGGUCACCUAUAGCCACCCCCAUACACCACAGAGCCGAGCCAGGACAGGCCAAACCAACACUCCAUGAUGGGGGUGUUAACCACACAUACCCCAGAGAGAGAGAGAGAUGAGCCAAGGAGAGGAUAGGGUGGGAGAACUGUGCUGCAAUGUUACAGUACCAACAUAGUGCUACCUACCAGCCAACCAUUCUGUUUCUUUUAGAUUGUUUUGAUAUUUACCGUCUUUGUAUUUGCCCAGUUGCUAUUGAGACAAUUGUAACUUUGUAAGCAUAAUAUAGCAUACAUGGCAUACACUGAAGUUCAAUAGCUUCCAGAGCAUGAAUAUUAUUGCAGGACAGCAUCUCAACUGAAGGGAUACAAGUGCUUUUUCCAUGUUUCAGAAAUUGAUACAAAGAUGUGAAGAAGUGUCACUCUUUAUUUGUUAUUAAGAGUGUUUAUUAACUGAGAACAUCUACAAGGUAUUUUAGCAGGCCAGUCAGUCGUCCCUUAUAUACAGCACUGCAGGACAUUUCCUAACAAACGUAGUCCCGCCCACAAGACUUGCUGGCAAAGGAAAUAUAACUAACACUACAUCCAUUAUUAUGACGAGAUACAUAUAUAUAUAUAUACACACACACACAGUAUAUAUGUCAAUGUUUAUACCCCAUCAUUGUUGAAUACUUGUUUCUAAUGGGCUAGAAGGGCAUUCUAGAAAGGACAUUAUUAUUCAGAGCUUAUAACUAGGGGAAAAUUAUUGAUUAAUCCUAUAACUGGAAUAUAAUUUGAUGAAAUCUGGUAAUCUUAUCCGGAGGACUUGCUAGCUAGUAUGUUAGCUCAGAGUAGCUCAUACUUAAAACUUGAGUCAAGAUACAAAUCAAAUUCAAAUCAAAUUUUAUUUUAUUUGUCACAUACAUGGUUAGCAGAUGUUAAUGCAAGUGUAGCGAAAUUCUUGUGCUUCUAGUUAGAUGUGGGUGCUAGCUGGCUGUUGACAAAGGCCUUGAACAUGAUUCCAUGAGGUGUUUCAAUAUUUCUUCAGUGCAUAUCCAGUGAUCAUGCUUAUUAGACAUAAUUGUGGCAAUUAUUAUUAUGACAUUGUUUUAAAGUGAUGUAUAUUGUAUUUCUCAAUUAUAUUAGUUAAUGGGUUUUCUGGACCUUCUAGGUCUUACUACAGACUAAUAUACAGCUACUAUUUUGAUGAAUGGGUUUCCUAGCAACACUGUAAUCAAUAUUGUGGUUACUCCUGGCGUGCUUCUGUAAGUUAUCAUAAAAGCAUACCGUAGCUGGUUUUUAUUCUUUGGUUUAAUGUACAGGUUCUCCCUCUGAUGCUCGCCAUCUGGUUUAACUAUGGUCUGAGCUUUCAAAGUGGUCUGUCAACCUGAGUUUUAGGAUGUAUUAUUUUCUCCAUUGUCAGUAUUGAAAUUGUAUUUAAUUUAUUUCAGUUGUAUUUCAGUGCAUCACUGAAUUGACCAAGCUUAACACUGGCUGAAAGUGUCAUCUGACACAAGUUGGAACUAACAUGGAGGAAGGUGAAGAAACCAUGAGGUCAAAAUCAUCCAGUAAUAUUGAGCCCACAAUAGGACAGUGAUUUCAUACUUCAUCGAUGGUGAAAGGUUGAUUCGCUAACCUUCAUCCUAACAUUCAAAGGAAUGGACGGAUAUGAGAAUAUGGUGGAAACGUCUUACCCAUGCUUGCACUAAUACAUUGCUUUUAAAUCCACACUUCAGGGAGGUUAGGGAAUUGGGAAAACAGCCAGUUUGCCCCUUUCCUCCCCAUGUCCUCUCUCUGCUUGUCCCUGACUUGUAGCAUUGUGAGAGGCACAAUAGCUCUGUACAUAGGUGUACUUAUCGUCUGUAGUCAGGAGAUGUGUAGAGGUCAAUGUGAUGUGUAAAUGUCUUGAAAGAUGUUUUAUGAUUGUACAUAUUGUGCUAUUUGUUUGUUGCAUGAGGAAUAAAAUGAUUUUUGAUCUGGUGUAAUUUA